GUCUAGCUCAGUGUUCUGAGUUAUGUUGGCAGUUAAGAGGUAUGGCCAACAAGAGACAGGUUAAGGGUGCGAAGGUGGCACUACAACAUAACAUUGGUCUCGGAGGGGCUGCUGUAGUUGCUCUAUAUAGACAUGGAUUUCCCCAGAAAGCUGCAUCAAGAUUACAGGCAAUGCCUGCUAGUAGUGUGUCACCAGAGAGCUUCAAAUGUAAUGUAGUCUUUGAUGGAAUUAAAGAGAUUUUGAAGCAGGAUGGUGCAAAUAUGGUAAAGAAAAUGAAUGGAGUGUUCUGUUUCCAAGUCAAGGGAGACAGUGGUGUUGGGAUAUGGGUUGUAGAUUGUAAAAAUGGAACUGGUUCAGUGAAGUUUGGUGGUCCUGCCAAGGGGGAUGUUACCAUCAUGAUGACAGACCAAGACCUUGUUGAUCUUCUACAAGGAAAACUAAACCCACAGACAGCAUUUUUCAAUGGAAAGUUAAAGAUCAAAGGAAAUACUGGUCUGGCAAUGAAGUUAAAAGACCUAAAAAUGCCAGAGGGUGGAAUGAAAGCAGCACCAGCGAGUGGUAACUCAAAACCAGGGUCGGAGUUCAAAGUGGCACCUGUAUUUGACCUAAUUAAGGCAGAAAUUGAAAAGGAUGGAGCCAAUAUUGUAAAGAAGAUGAAAGGAGUGUUUUGUUUCCGUGUGAAGAAUGCCCAGGGUAAGGAGGGUAUAUGGAUUGUUGAUGCCAAAAAUGGUACAGGAUCUGUGUCACAUGGCGGACCAGCUAAAGGAGAUGUAACUAUAGUAAUGAAUGAUGAAGAUAUGCUCAAUUUAAUGUCAGGAAAACUUAAUCCACAAAAUGCAUUUUUCCAAGGCAAGUUAAAGAUUCAAGGGAACAUGGGGCUAGCAAUGAAACUCAAGGAAAUUCAACCAAAAGGACAGUCCAAGUUGUGAUGUGCUGAUAUAACUGUGAUAAUAACAUUCUGAUGCAUGUUGACGCUCUACUGAAAUAUGAAAUUGUGACCAAAAUAAUCAAUCCAUUAUAUGUGUGCUUUCUGUUUGGACAUAUGUAAUAUCUGAUAACUUAAUUGAUCAACGACUUAAACUCAAAAAUUCCCGAACUUAAUAGAUCAAUAAAUUAAUUUAAUUCUCAAAGUCAAGUCAAAGAUUGAAAGAGUCUUGAUAAUUGAAUGCUUAAUUUUCAUUUCAUAGUUAUUGUAAUGUUGAUUGAUAAUUUACGGAUUGCACAAACUAAACUCUUGAAAUUUAUAUUUGUGUGUAAAUACUUGUAACAAAGAAUUAUUUUAUAGGCUGAAAGAUUUUUAUUUCUUUGUUUGAUUAUUUUAUAUAGCAUGCAUCAAAUUUAAUCAGAGAAAAAUUUAUAGUGCUAUUUAUAAUUUAUUUUUUUGAAGAUCAUGCAUAUUUAAAUCUUUAGUUAAAAUGUCAGGAAGUAAUUAGCCUUUCCCACCAGUAAAGAGACAGGCUAGUCUGCACAUUCAGGUAGUCUGACCAGGCUAUAUACUGUUCAUAGACUAAAUUUUUAUCUUGAUUUCCCUAAAAAUCUAUAAUGAUCAGUUCCCAAAACUUUAUGAAGCCGGACAAAUCCAUUUAAGAAACAGGUUUAGAGUUCAUGGCCUAAGACAUUAUGUCAGUUGAUGUACAUUCAUAAUUGAUUAUACUUGCAGUUUAAUUGUAUCAGUUGAAAUUGAUUCUCAUAUUCAUCAAAUUGUUCAAUAUACAAACUCUUGAAUAAUUAAUACAUUGAUUUAACAUUGAAAGUAUAAUUGAUCAAUAUAAGGAUGACUUUUAAAAACUUCUUCCUAGCAUGAAUAAAUGUAGAUGUGCUUGACCAGUAAGAAUCUUUUUAAGGGAUGGUGGGGGAAAUAAUUUUUUUAUAUAUAUUCUGACCUCUAUUUAUUGUUACAUGUCCUCGAAAUAAGACAUUAAUUGUUAUGGAUUUUGAAUAAAUAAUCAGUGAGUCAAUGUGAUUUGCUUGUCAGAUCAUAUUUCUGAUCUAAAUUAUGAUACUGAUGCAUUAUUUAUUAGUGGGACUUGGUUCUAUAUUACACAUUACAUAAUAUUUUUGAUUAUGACAUGUUUAAUAUGCUAUUUUGUUGAAUUGAGAAGCAUGUAUUUUCUAAUUUAUCAAUAUUUUUUUUUAAUUCAGUUGCCUAAGAAUUGUGCUUGAUUUUUAAAAUGACACAUACAUUUAUUUAAAAAAAAGAUCGAGACACUGUUCAUCUGUUUGGAAUAAGACUGUCAGUCAAGAAAAUA